CGAAGGUCACGUGACGCAAAGCGGAUGCACAAAGUAGCAAAGCCGGAGCCUGGAGCUCUCCGCCAUGGCUGCCAAGUCCCUCCUGGCUUCGAAGCAGGCGCUGAAGAGCUGAUCCGGGGCGUCCCGACGCAGGUGGUGUGCACCGAUUUUGGGAACACACUCCUGGUGGUGGUAGUGACCCAGUACGGCAAGAUGGGGACCUUCGUUCUCGUCGAGCCCAACGUGGUGGCAGACAACGUCAGCAGCCCUUUGCUCACCACCACACAGUCCUCCGGCAAAGACGAGCCUCUCGUCCACAUUUGUGCCAAACAUCUCGUGACCUCGGUGUCUCAAGAAGCCGGGAAUAAGCCCGUUCUCUUAGCCAUGGCUUUGAAGGAUAAAAGCAUGGAGGGGGUCCGAAUGCUCCAGGAGAUGAUCCGCCAAUGCCAAGUGUGGUGAGGCUCUUAAUGCCUCCAUAGAAGACUUGAUCCCUCCUGGAUUAGACCUGUCUGGGGCAGGCAUUGGCCUUGUCAGCCGGCUCCAGCGCUUGGACUUAUCUUUGCCAUGGAGGCAGUUUUUUCUUUUUGCUGUCCCCUUGUAUUAUUAUUAUUAUUAUUAUUAUUAUUAUUAUUAUUAUUAUUAUAUUUUUUAAUGAGAUGUUAGCACUUGAAAACAUCUGGGUAAAAUUUGGAUAUCGCAGGUUUUGACUUCCUAAUGUCAAUCCAUUAUUGGCAGACCGUGAUGCAAUAAACCACUUUGCAAAAUCUCCAUUCCAAACCUCAAAA